AUGGGGUAGAGGGUUGAGUCAGGUAGGAUGCUCUUUGGAGCGUCACUAAAGACUCAAUGGGCCGAAUGUAGACUGUAGGGAUUCUAUGAUUCCAUGAAUUGUUGAGUUCACUCCACAUGCCUGCUAAAAUGUGGAUCGUUAAUUACAGUACUUUGCAGCAACAUUUUGCAAAUUAGCCUCAUGCCUUCAAAAUUAGCUUGCAUCUGCCAUCAGACCAGUAUUUAAUAUAGAUCUGCAGACAUAGGAAACCCUAGCUUUCUACCAUUUUUUUUUUUAAAAAAAGACAUUUGAGUGCAAUGCAUGAGGAAUUAAACAUUGGCAUGUUAUGGGUGGGCUGUCUCCGGUUGCAUUUAAUUGUGGGUUCUUCAUAUAAACAAUGCUGAAUUUGUGACUGUGCUGCAACAUGUUAUACCACUGCAUUUGAUGUAUAGCACAUUGGUAGUGGAGACACUGGCUUAUUCUCCUCUCUGCUGCAAAUUUGCAGGCAUCAGCUGCAGUACUAUGAAAAAUACUGAGCAGAUUCUGGCUGCUCCCUCACAAAGUUUGAGGAGUAAUGAAAGACAGACAUCUCUGAGCUGUGUCAUGCUUCACUGCGUUUGUGAUAGAUUGACAGUUGGCUGAGACCUGAGACCAGAUAGCUCAGCCACAGGAUUUACUAAGAAAUUAUAGGGGUGCUGCGAGGUGAUGGAAAGAUCCAUAGACUCCCAAACAAUUAUGGCAUUUAAUUUGGCAUUGGGUUGGAAUUCAAAUGACUGUGUUUACUCUUUGACUAUAACUGGCAUAAUAUCAGUGUAGGUAAAUGAGAGAUCAACAUUAUCUGAUUGUGUUAUGUUUGAUGGCUGCCAGAAAUUUUUAGCCAGGGUACUGAUGCAAUUAUAUUGGGUUAGGAGCCUCAUUUUCUUGCUAUUUUCAUGUAAUAUGUGAAAUUCGUUUCGUUUAACUACUUUUACUUUCUGAGCUAGGGGCUGUCCUCAUUAACAGCAAAAGUGUUACUUUGUGAUGAGAGAUAAGCCUCAUCACGGGAUUCCUAGUUCGACUUCAAGUACAAAAUUCUGACCAGCCACGUUAUCGUGGGACUGUACAUUGUUUCCGGUCCAUUAUCAGACAGGAGUCUAUCUUUGGUCUGUACAAAGGUAUUGGUUCGCCAAUGAUGGGUUUGACUUUCAUCAAUGCUAUUGUUUUUGGUGUACAAGGAAAUACAAUGCGUUACUUAGGAAAGGAUACACCACUUAACCAGUUCCUUGCAGGUGCUGCAGCUGGGGGUAUCCAAUGUGUUAUUUGUUGCCCCAUGGAACUGGCAAAAACCAGGAUGCAGCUUCAAGGCAUGGGUGAAUACCAAGUUAAAAGUAAAGUCUACAAGAAUUCACUCGACUGUUUAAUUAGAAUUUACAAAAAGCAAGGAAUCCGUGGAAUCAACAAAGGCAUGGUGACCACUAUUUUCAGAGAAAUACCUGCUUUUGGUUUCUACUUCCUUACUUAUGAUUGCCUGACCAGAGCCUUACACUGUGAGCCCGAUGACAGUUACGUAAUUCCUAAACUGCUUUUUGCUGGUGGUAUGUCUGGGAUUGCAUCUUGGAUUUCUACCUAUCCCAUAGAUGUGAUUAAAUCCCGAAUGCAAGCUGAUGGAGUUGGAGGAAUAAACCAGUAUAGUGGCAUUAUGGACUGUAUCCGUCAGAGUUACCAGAAGGAAGGAUGGCCAGUGUUCACAAAAGGGCUCACCUCUACUCUACUCAGAGCGUUCCCUGUCAAUGCUGCUACUUUUGCUACUGUCACACUCUUCCUUAUGUACACAAGGGCUGAUGACGAUUGCAAGGAGCUGGAGACUGCCUCCACAAUCCAGCAGCAUUCAAGCCUCUAAAGCGUCUUCCUUGUUACCUGUGCAGAGCAGCUGCUGUGAUAACUCAAUUUUACUCAAUCCUAUUUUUGUAAGUGUACUAAAGUUAUGAAAAUGUUUCAGGGUGUAAAUAAGCUCCAUGUAAGAAUUAAUUCUUUAUAUAGUCAUAGGUCUAACUUUUAACAGAAUUCCAUCAGUUUUGUGAGACUACAGCUUCAUGCCUUAUAUUAAAUGAAUGUAUAUAUUGUAUUUUAGUUUAUAAACAUAGUAAGAAAAAUAUUACUUUGGCUCAUUGCAGUAGGCAUGUACUGUACAGAAACUAAUUAACAGGGUUGGUUUUAGAGUCAUAGAAAGCACAGAGGGUCCAAGUUUGGAAAAAUGAAGAUUUCUAAUGAAAUUGCAGUACAUUUUCACUUUUUCCUGAGAGUUGUUAAUGGGCAAUAAGGAACUGGCCACCCCUUUACACAUGACCUAUUUCCUCAUUUCCAUGGAAGUGAAUGGUAAAUCAGGUACCAAAUAUGUAGUACUAGCAGUCAAUCCAAUAUAAUGUUUCCCACCUGGAAGUAAAAGUAAACUUUCACCUCUUUAAUAUGAAUAAGAUGCAUGCAGCUAAAUCAGUUUGUACUCCAUUUUUAGUCUGUGUUUUCAGCACAGUAGGGUAACUUUAUUGGUGAUUAAUGCCUGAAUUGUAACAAACCCUUAUGUAUUCAACUAAAUAGGAGUUAAGCUUUCACAGAAAACAGCAUUUGAGCUGACAUAUUAAGUCUUAGUGUUUCACCCAUGCUAAAUAACAAAAACUGUUAACCUCAGUACUUAAAUGGCUGUUGAGCCUUGAAUACUUUGCUCACUAUGUGGCACAUUUAUCCAUUAUUACUGUUGUGAUAAGUCAGGAUCUUGCAGGCUUUUGCCCUUUCUUUUGCAAAGACCUGAUGUAACUUGAAUAAUCCACACUUUUUAGCCAGUUCUAUUCUGCAAACCAAUCAGUAACAUUUUAUUAUUAUUUUUACAGUAUUUUUCCCAACUCCACUAAUUUCCUACUGUACUGAUAUGUUUCAUAGCCCUUGCUCCCUCAUCACAAAGUGUGCUAGUACAGUAUAUACAAUUAGUUUUACUAGGAACCAAUCACUUCACAAUUGAGUUUUCAGAAAUUUGUACACCUCUGUCAUUUUGAUACGUUGUGACACCUUGUUCAUUUAAUUAUGAUUUAUGUGCAGUACACUUGUGGAGUUUCCAUUUUUUAUUUUUUUGUUGUGAUGUGUUGAUGAGGAAUUGUUGCUGUGAAUAAACCAAUGCGGCAGCUCACCAGUCCUACAGGUUGCUGAGUUAGUCAGUUCACAGAUGGAUAGAAAGUUACUAUAUCAGGGUCCACGUACACUAUUUAGCUUUCCUAACACUUAAGUAGGUUCUUCAGUGUUGCACUAUUUUGAGUGCAGUAUGUGCUGUAAAGUUCCUGAAAUAUAUGUUGCUUCUCACCUCUACAGAGGUUGCAGUGUUGGAAAGCCUCACAGUGGGAGCCACAGUGUUGACAUCUUGGGGACAGUUCAGCCACAUUCAUAAUGAUUGUUACAGCUAAUAUGAAUUAGUAUAAUUGCGACUCGAAACAGGCUGGAUGUUCAGAUUCACUAUCCAAUGAUCUGUGGAAUUAGAAGUCACUCUUAUCGCUUCAGUUUUGUGCAGCAGGUCCUUGUGUCAGUAAGCUUCUGGCAUCUGGGUGGAAUUUGAAAAUAAGUCCAAGCAAGUUAUUUUAAAUUAAGGUGUAUAGUGUAUAGCUGUUUUACGCUUUACUGUUAAGGUAAAAUUUUAAAGCAUUACCAGUUUCAUCUACCAAAGGAUAGAGGUUUUUUUCUGUUUGAAGGUCCAGCACUCCUUUAAAGAUUACUGUUAUGCAUGAACUCCCACCUGCCCAUCUUUAUGCAAUUUCUGGAAAGCAUAUGUUGCCUUGGUUAACCAAGGUGGUUACGUGGCAUUGAAUGACUAAUGACGGGUAGGGAUUACAGAAAUCCAAACUUCUCUGUAAAUUGGGACAGGUGCAAUACAUAUUGGUCUGAGAUGCUGAUCAACAAAGAUUCUCAAUUUUGCACCAUUUCCAGGAUUUUUUUUAAUGGGCACUGAACACUUUAUUUCACAAUGUGAGAAAAGAGAAAGCAUUUGUUCGUUCCUAGCACUAUGAUCAACUUUCUCACUAUCAAGCAAAUUGCAAUUUCAAAGUGAGUGUUUGAAUCUGGAAACCUUGAAUGUCUAUAUAUUAUCUGAACAAUUUCCAUAUCAGAAUUGAAAAUGCAUGUUUGAUUAACAGUACAGUACAGCUUUGACUUUUUGGUCAAUUAGUUUGUACUGUGUAUUGCUUGUUUCAAUAUGUUUCACGUCAUGUACCUUACUAUGUAAAGUACCAUAGGGAGACUGUAAGGAGAAAAAAGGGAAAAUAAAAUCCAUAUUCAGAUUAA